AUGCCAGGCAGGGACCGCACGCUCCGGCUGCAGCACGGGAACCGCAUCGAGGCCCUGUGUGUGCUGGGCACUCACAUCCACGCCGAUGUCUACGGGGCAGCCCCAGUUGGGGCAGUGUCCUUCAGUGUGAAGCACACGGAGGGGGUGAGUGUGGAGGUGUUGUGCCGAGGCCAAGCCGAGGUGGAGUCCCUCCCCAGCAGUGGGACACGGAGGCCACUGGCCAAGGGGACAGUCCUGAGGUUCAGCAUGAGCCAAGCCAGCACUGAGGUCAAUGAUAACAAGGUAACUGUCAGCUUUUAUGCAGAGGAAGGGAAGCCCAUUGACCAAGCCGGGGUCUUCCUCACCGGCAUCGGGAUCUCUCUGGACGUCGACGCAGAUCAGGAUGGUGUGGUAGAAAAGAACAGUCCCAACAAGGCAAGCUGGACCUGGGGGCCUGAGGGACAUGGGGCCAUCCUGCUCGUCAGCUGUGACAAGGAGAGCUCCCUCACUCCAUCGUCCGACCGCGACAACGAAAGGGUGUUCAACAAAGAAGAUCUGCUGGACAUGUCUCCGAUGGUCUUGAGGACCGAAGGGCCACAGCGCCUGCCCCGGGGGUACGAAAUCAUUCUCUACAUUUCUGUCCACGACGCUGACAAAGUUGGGGUCUUUCAUGUGCAGAAUCCCUUCUUUGGCCAGCGUUAUGUCCACGUGCUGGGCCGGAGGAAGCUGUACUACACCGUGCACUACACUGGAGGAACUGCUGAGCUUGACUUCUUCGUCGAGGGGCUCUGCUUCCCUGAUGACACCUUCUCUGGGCUGGUCUCCAUCCACCUCAGCCUCCUGGAGACACUGUCUGAGGGUAUCCCACACACUCCAGUGUUCACUGACACCGUCGUGUUCAGGGUAGCACCAUGGAUCAUGACUCCCAACACUUUGGCACCGAUCAGCGUCUUCGUCUGCAGCAUGAAGGACAACUACCUCUUCACCAAGGAGAUCCAGAACCUGGUGAACAAGGCUGGCUGCAAGCUGAAGGUUUGCUUCGGCUACAUCAACCGUGGGGACCGCUGGAUGCAGGAUGACAUUGAGUUUGGCUACACUCAUGCUCCCAACAAAAGCUUCCCAGUGGUGCUGGAUUCCCCUCGGGAAAAAGGGUUGGAGCAACUCCCUGUCAAGGAGCUGCUGGGUCCUGAUUUUGGCUAUGUGAACAAGGAGCCUCUCUUUGAAGCCAUCACCAGCCUCGACUCCUUUGGCAACCUGGAGGUCAGCCCACCUGUGACCGUGGCAGGGAAGGAGUAUCCCCUGGGAAGGAUCCUCAUUGGCAGCAGCUUCCCCACAUCUGCAGGAAGGAGGAUGACCAGGAUGGUGAGGGAUUUCCUCUAUGCCCAGCAAGUCCAGGCUCCUGUGGAGCUCUACUCUGACUGGUUGGCUGUGGGCUACAUCAAUGAGUUCAUCACUUUUGUGCCCACCUCCGACAAAAAGCGGUUCCGGAUGCUGAUGGCCAGCCCUGCCGCCUGCUACAAGCUCUUUCGGGAGAAGCAGAAGGAAGGCCAGGGUGAAGCCACCAUGUUCAAAGGGUACUCAGGGACAGACACAAAGCGUCUCACCAUCAAUAAGGUCCUUUCCAAUGACAUCCUGGCACAGCAGAACCAGCAUGUCCAGCGCUGCAUCGACUGGAACAGGGACAUCCUCAAGAAGGAGUUGGGGUUGAUGGAGGAAGACAUCAUCGACCUGCCAACCCUCUUCAAGCUUGACAAGCAGGGCAAAGCUGUGCCAUACUUCCCCAACACGGUCACCAUGAUUGUGCUGGCCAAGGACCUGGGCAUCCCCAAACCCUUUGGCCCCGUGUUGGGGGGUGAGUGCUGCCUGGAGCAACAGAUUCGCUGCCUCCUGGAGCCACUGGGGCUGUGCUGCCACUUCCUGGAGGACGUGUCAUCCUACCACGGCAGCCUGGGUGAGGUUCACUGCGGCACCAACGUCCAGCGGAGACCCUUCGCCUUCAAAUGGUGGCACAUCACACCAUAG